CAAAGAGGGAAAGUCUUUGUCGGGAAUUAUUUGAUAAAUAAUACUGCCCCCUGAUAUGUCUCUUUUUUUUCUCUCUCAAAAACUAAAAAUACAUGCGAAAUGUUUUCACCAUGAGCAAACACGCACAUAGGGAUUUUUUUUCUUUUUACGAGAGCGGACGCGUGCGGCGUUUGCAUUGCGAUUGCGUUGGCGGAAGAGCAAUUUGGGAGCAGAAUGGAGCCGUUUGUCUCCAUCUCGGGGGCGGCCCCUUUCGCUGUCCAUCACAAAUUGCGAACGAACUCAGAAAACGGGCGACACGGUUGUUGGGAGGAAAUAAGACGCACAUUAAAAAUGCUGGGGGGGGUGGGGGUGUGGCUUUUGGAUGGGAGAAUGGUGCACAUUUCACUCCAUCCAAAAUAUCAGUGUGUGGUGCUUAAUACGUCCGGUAGACAUGAAUUGUUUCAGCGCAAGCACCUGGGAAGCACCUGGCCCAUUGCAGCUUGGACCUGAUUGGCCUGAAGCUCCGGUCAACCAGGAAGGAGGAAGUCACUUGGAGAGCAGCGCUACACGUGGCUGGCCUGCUCCAAACUGCUCAACUGUGUUAGAAAAGCGCAAAAUGUCCUUCCUGGAUCCUGGCGGAAUGGCCCUUUUUUAAUUCUUCUUUUAUUUUUGCCGCGUAACAAAGGUUUUCUGAGCGCCACUUUUUGGGGGGCGGGGCAAGCACACAAUGGAAGUUGAUCAGUGGUUCUUGUUUGGCCUUUGAAGCAGCAUUAGAACCAUCCUGAUGGUUUGAAUCAGGUGUGUUGCUCAUGGCAGAGCUGCAAAACAGGCAGGACAGGACAGCGGCCCACACAAUUUCUAUAUUUGGGAGAGGGGGGGCGGCAUUAGCAACCAUAUUGCUUUUUCUUGUCCUCUUCUCCACGUUUCCAGGUUCUUGGUCUCAGUAACGGCGGAAAAAGAAAGUUUUGAAAUGAAACAACUUUUGCCGUCGACCACGCACGGCGGGGGUCUGGCUGCGGUGACGUCACCGAGGGCCUGCCUUUUUUGGUUUGCGAGGCGGGGGCUCGAGCGAGCGAGCGAGCAAGCGAGGCGGGCUGGCGGCCCGGCUGUGCGGCGGCCGAGAAGUGAGCGGCGGCGGACUCGCAUCAACUUUGGAGUGACCGAGUGACCCCCCCUUCCCCCCAAAAGUGACGCAACUCGCCUCUCUACACUACGUGCGUCAUUUCGCACAAACCAAAAGGCGAAAAAGAAAAAAAAAAAACCCCAAACCAGGACAAGGCGGAGACGAGCUUCUGCCGCACAGGCCGUUUGUUGAUUUCUUCAGUUUGGCUUGCCAAGACUCGCGAUGGCCGCGCUGUCAGUCGCCUUGUUGCUGCUGCUGGGAUUCGUCGCCACUUCAGCCGCCCAGGCUGGCGAAGAUGAUCGAAAAGACGCCGUGACGCGCCGUCUGAAGGAAUACGGCCUGGUGACCCCUUUCAGCAGCGACGCCCACGGCCGCUUCCUGUCCCACCUGCUGUCGGCCAGCCACGACCGGCGAGUCCGGAGGGAGGUGUCCGCCGCCACGCCCCCGUUGGAUCGACUCUUCUUCAACGUCAGCGCCUUUGGCAAGGAGUUCCAUCUGCGACUGCGGCCCAACCGCCGGCUGGUGGCCCCGGGGGCCACGGUGGAAUGGCACGACGAGCGGGCCUCGGGCCCCGGGAGGAUAAGCUCGCUCCAGACGGACUGCGCCUUCGUGGGCGACAUCGCCGACGUCCCCGGGGCCUCGGUCGCCAUGAGCAACUGCGACGGCCUGGCCGGCAUGAUCCGGACGGACGCGGAGGAGUAUUUCAUCGAACCUCUGGAGAGGGGCGCCCGGGAGCUGGAGGAGCGGGGCCGAGUCCACGUGGUCUACCGCAGGUCGGCCGUGCGGCGGGGCCCGGCCCGCGCCGCGCCAGAAGCGCAGUUGCCAGACGUUCCUGGGACUCUGGAUACGCUGGCGAGGCGGCUCAACGACACGGUCCGGCAGCGGCGGCGGCGCUGGCGGCGCGACGCCGGCCAGAAGGACUACAACAUCGAAAUCCUGCUGGGAGCGGACGACUCGGUGGUUCGAUUCCACGGGAAGGAACACGUGCAGAAUUACCUCCUGACGCUCAUGAACAUCGUCAACGAGAUUUACCACGACGAGUCCCUGGGGGUCCACAUCAACGUGGUCUUGGUCAGGAUGAUCAUGCUGGGCUACGCCAAGUCCGUCAGCCUGAUCGAAAGAGGCAACCCGUCCCGCAGCUUGGAAAACGUCUGCCGCUGGGCCUUCGGCCAGCAGAAGGGCGACGCCGAGCACGCCGAGCACCACGACCACGCCGUCUUCCUGACUCGCCAAGGCUUCGGCCCCACCGGCAUGCAAGGUUACGCCCCCGUGACGGGAAUGUGCCACCCGGUCCGGAGCUGCACCCUCAACCACGAAGACGGCUUCUCCUCCGCCUUUGUGGUGGCUCACGAGACGGGCCACGUGUUGGGCAUGGAGCACGACGGGCAAGGCAACCGCUGCGGCGACGAGACCGCCAUGGGCAGCGUCAUGGCUCCUCUGGUGCAGGCGGCCUUCCACCGCUACCACUGGUCCAUGUGCAGCGGCCAAGAACUCAAGCGCUACAUCCACACGUACGACUGCCUGCUGGACGACCCCUUCAAGCAGGACUGGCCGCAGCUUCCCGAGCUGCCCGGCAUCGACUACUCCAUGGACGAGCAGUGCCGCUUUGACUUUGGCGUGGGCUACAAGAUCUGCACUUCGUUCCGCACGUUCGACCCGUGUAAGCAGCUGUGGUGCAGUCACCCCGACAACCCUUACUUCUGCAAGACCAAGAAGGGCCCCCCCCUGGACGGCACCCAAUGCGCUCCCGGCAAAUGGUGCUACAAGGGCCACUGCAUGUGGAAGAACCCCAGUCAGGCCAAGCAAGACGGCGCCUGGGGCUCCUGGACCAAACACGGCUCCUGCUCACGCUCCUGCGGCACCGGCGUGCGCCUGCGCACGCGCCAGUGCGACCGCCCCGCUCCCAUCAAUGGCGGCCAGGACUGCCCGGGCGUCAACUUUGAGUAUCAGCUUUGCAACACGGCCGACUGCCCCAGGCACUUUGAGGACUUCCGAGCGCAACAGUGCCACCUGCGCAACCCCCACUUUGAGUUCCAAGGCGCCAAGCACCACUGGCUGCCCUACGAGCAUCCGGACGCCACCAAGAGGUGCCACCUGCACUGCCAGUCCAAGGAAACGGGCGAGGUGGCCUACAUGAAGCAGCUGGCGCACGACGGCACGCCCUGCUCCUACAAGGACGCUUACAGCGUCUGCGUUCGCGGCGAGUGCGCGAAAGUGGGCUGCGACCGAGAAAUGGGCUCCAGCAAAGCGGAGGACAAGUGCGGCGUGUGCGGAGGCGACAACUCCCACUGCCGCACCGUCAAAGGAAGCUUCACCCGCACCCCCAAGAAGGCCGGCUCCCUCAAGAUGUUUCUCAUUCCUCCCGGAGCCAGACAUGUCAUCGUCCAAGAACACGAGGCCUCCCCUCAAAUUCUUGCGAUCAAGAACCAGGCGACGGGCCACUACAUCCUCAACGGCAAAGGGGAGGAGCUCAGGUCCAGGAGCUUCAUCGAUUUGGGCGUGGAGUGGCACUACAGCGUGGAGGAAGACGUGGAAACGCUGCGCACCGACGGACCGCUGCGCGACCCCGUGGCCGUUCUGAUCAUCCCCAAGGACAACGAAACGCGCUCCACUCUGACCUACAAGUACGUCAUCCACGAAGACUCGGUGGCCGUCAACAACAACGACGUCAUCCGGGAGGACGCGUACGAGUGGGCGCUCAAGACUUGGUCCCCUUGCUCCAAGCCCUGCGCCGGAGGCUACCAGUACACCAGGUACGGUUGUCGCAAGAAAGGCGACACCAAGAUGGUGCACAGGGGCUACUGUGACGUCGGCAAGAGGCCCAAGCCCAUCCGCCGCAUGUGCAACCUGCAGGACUGCGCGCAAGCCCAGUGGGUGUCGGAGGAGUGGGAGCACUGCACGCGCUCCUGCGGCAGCCUGGGCUUCCAGGUGCGCACGGUGCGCUGCGUCCAGCCCCCGCGCAACGGCGCCGCCGGUGCCGCCGCCGCCGACCGCUCCAUGCACAGCAAGUACUGCGCCGGCGAGCGUCCCGAGGCCCGCCGGCCCUGCAACCGCUUGCCCUGCCCCUCGAACUGGAGGACGGGGGCCUGGUCUGAGUGCUCCGUCAGCUGCGGCGAGGGGACGGAGAGGCGACUGGUGGGCUGCCGGACGGGAGAGCAGUGCGGCGGCGACAAGCCGGAGAACGUGCGCGUGUGCCGGCCCGGACCGUGCCACGACGAGCCCUGCCACGGAGACAAGUCCAUCUUCUGCCAAAUGGAGGUCCUGGCUCGCUACUGCUCCAUCCCCGGCUACAACAAACUCUGCUGCGAGUCAUGCGGCGCCGGCGGCGGCGCUCUUAGCGCUCAGCCCGAGGACCGCGUACGCUUCGGUUCCGCCUCACAGUUGUUGGAGACGCUGAUGGCCAACGCCACGCGGCAACAACGGCCAAACGGCAGGAAAACGUCGGCCAAAAACGCCGGCCAGCCGCCGCGGGGCGACGGCGCCACGCGACGGCAAGACGCCGCUCGAUCGAGAGCGCUCGGCAAAAGCGCCCCGGCGCCCCGCAGGACCCCGAGGGACGACGCCGCCGCCGCGGUCGGGAAACGGCGGUCGGGACGCGGCGGCUUCGCCGACGGCCGCCGGCCCGCCGCCUCCUCGGAAGUAGAGAGAUGAGAGCGGCGCCGUCUUUUCACGGGACUACGCAGGCGCAGCGGCUUCCGCGUCUUGUCACGACGCCGACGACAUUUUCAUCAAAGACACAAACAAAGAGGUGCUGGUUCACUUUAUCUCGAGUUACGGAGCUGUCGUACGUAGGAAGCCCGGCGGCUAUUUCGAGAAGGGCGCGAGGAUUUCAAGGGAUCUUUUUUUUUUAAUUUGUCGUUCCAACGACACCAAACAAAACCAACAAAAAAAAAACCUUGCGGAAUGCUCGCAUGCGGAAUUGUCGUCCCUUAUCAACCGAGCAAAUCCAAGACCCCGGAAGACAAAUCAGUCUUUGACAUCAACUCAUCAAGCAACUUGUGUUUUAGCUUUAAAUAACAAUAAAUAACAAAGGCUCUUGA